GCUACAACGAUAGAAGCGUUAAUCUCUUUUGGGUCCCAAACAAACACCUCCCUCCCAUCCUCUCUUGAUUGACUCUCUUCUUCAAAUCAGCAGCCCCUCGCUCUCUCUCUCUCUCUCUCUCUCUCUCUCUCUCUGCUGUUUCUCCCUUCGAUUCGAUCCCAAUCGCUCUUCCAUUUCUGUAAACGGAGAUGGCUGGAGUUAUUCAACAGUUAUUGAGGAGGAAACUCCAGUCUCAUUCUCUGAGUCCUUCUGUAUCAUCCAUUGUCUCAAAGAAAGACGGUCCUGGCUCUACCGGCAGCAGCUCCUUAAGAGCCCUUGCUUUAAUAGGAGCUGGUGUCUCAGGUCUUUUGGGUUUUGCAACAACAGCAUCAGCUGAUGAAGCCGAGCACGGCCUUGCAUCUCCACACUAUCCAUGGCCUCACGAGGGCAUCCUCAGUUCAUAUGAUCAUGCUUCGAUUCGUCGUGGGCAUCAAGUUUAUACCCAAGUCUGUGCUUCCUGCCAUUCUAUGUCUUUGAUAUCAUACCGUGAUUUGGUUGGUGUUGCUUACACAGAAGAAGAGGUAAAGGCUAUGGCUGCUGAGAUUGAGGUGGAAGAUGGCCCUAAUGAUGAGGGCGAGAUGUUUACACGCCCUGGUAAACUCAGUGAUCGCUUUCCUCAGCCAUAUGCAAAUGAAUCAGCUGCUAGGUUUGCUAAUGGAGGAGCCUAUCCUCCGGAUCUAAGUCUUAUUACCAAAGCUCGUCACAAUGGUCAGAACUAUGUGUUUGCCCUCCUAACCGGUUAUCGUGACCCCCCUGCUGGAGUUUCGAUCAGAGAAGGAUUGCAUUACAAUCCUUAUUUUCCUGGUGGAGCCAUUGCCAUGCCUAAGAUGCUUAAUGAUGGCGCUCUUGAGUAUGAAGAUGGUACCCCGGCUACAGAAGCUCAGAUGGGGAAAGAUGUUGUGUCAUUUUUGUCUUGGGCAGCAGAACCCGAGAUGGAAGAGCGAAAACUGAUGGGAUUUAAAUGGAUAUUUGUACUAUCAUUGGCAUUACUUCAAGCUGCGUAUUAUCGUCGUCUAAGGUGGUCUGUUCUUAAGUCUCGCAAGUUGGUUCUUGAUGUUGUCAACUAAGCUGUCUUCAAGUUUCGUUUUUUAUUUAUAAAAAAGAUUAUUAUUGGCAAUAAUUUUGCCAAUUCUCGUGUCAAAUUUGUUGGAGAAAUUUACAGAAGCAUGUUCUGUUUUUGUUUGAAGUAGAAAUAAAGCUGCUCCAUAUAUGUGAGAUACGUUUUACUGCCUCUCCCUCUUCUCAAACGUGUGUAUUUGUUACAUACUCUAGGACCCUCCAUACACUUUAAUCUGGAAUUUUAGAUUAUUGAUAAGUGAUUGGGGUUUAUUUUUGGUUAUAUUCACUAUUCAGUAAAGAAAAAAAAGGAAGUGUUGGAAUGUUUCUUGUUUGAAAUUGGAAACAAGGUUCCCUUUUGAUUAA